CUUCCUUUAAUCGGGAUCUCUCCUUUAAUCGGGAUCUCUCCCAGGACAAGAGGCUCCUCUUCAAAACUGGCCAUCACCGUGGUGAAUGGAUGUCUCUGGGAGCCGGCAUUGUUUGUGUCUCCUCUACCAACUUUAAAAGGGUGUCUUCACGGGGAAUCAGAACCCUCCUGUCCAUCAGUGUCAGCUCCAGGAGGUCAAGGUUGCUGCUUGGGAACUUCUAUCACCAUCCCAGUUUCCUGCUUUGUGUUUACACCCUUGCUGCCUGGACCCAGGAGGUCUCAACCUCCACCAUCUCCCGCCUCUGUGAACUAGGUGGGCAAAUCAAUUAACUUCUCUGGGUUUUGGCUACUAAAAUUGACCAGAGUCGCUGUUGUGAAAAGUGUAAAAGAAGGCAUCUCGACAAUGUAAAAGGCACGGAGGGAGGCCACCUGGUGACCCCAUUGGCAAGCUCGGCCUCUGAAGCGGCCUGACUCCUCCGAACACGAGAGGGCGCUGUGGCCAGCGGCGGCCCCGAACGACAUGGACAGGACGCUCCGUCUUUCCGCCUCGGUUCUCCUCCACGUGGGGACGCAGGAUGGCGGCGGCCGUGGAGGUUUCUGACGAGGCGGCGGCAAGCGACGUACAGCGGCUGCUCGUGCAGUUCCAGGAUGAGGGCGGCCAGCUGCUGGGUUCCCCGUUCGACGUGCCGGUGGACAUCACGCCGGACCAGCUGCAGCUCGUGUGCAACGCGCUGCUGGCCCAGGACGAGCCCCUGCCCCUUGCUUUCUAUGUCCACGAUGCUGAGAUUGUGUCCUCGCUGGGGAAGACACUGGAGUCGCAGUCUGUGGAGACAGAGAAAAUCGUAGACAUCAUCUACCAGCCUCAAGCUGUCUUCAGGGUCCGCGCCGUGACACGGUGCACUAGCUCAUUGGAGGGUCACAGCGAAGCCGUCAUUUCUGUGGCCUUCAGCCCCACGGGAAAGUACCUGGCCAGUGGUUCCGGAGACACCACAGUGCGCUUCUGGGAUCUCAGCACUGAGACACCGCACUUCACAUGCAAAGGACACCGGCACUGGGUCCUUAGCAUAUCCUGGUCCCCAGAUGGCAAGAAACUUGCCUCAGGCUGCAAGAAUGGCCAGAUUCUCCUGUGGGACCCAAGCACAGGGACACAGGUGGGCAGGACCCUCACUGGCCACAGCAAGUGGAUCACAGGCCUAAGCUGGGAGCCCCUUCACAUGAACCCCGAGUGCCGCUACGUGGCCAGCAGCUCCAAGGAUGGCAGUGUACGAGUCUGGGAUACAACGGCAGGCCGCUGUGAACGCAUCCUCACCGGGCACACACAGUCAGUCACCUGCCUCCGAUGGGGAGGAGAUGGGCUUCUAUAUUCUGCUUCCCAGGACCGAACUAUCAAAGUCUGGAGGGCUCAUGACGGUGUGCUGUGCCGUACUCUUCAAGGUCAUGGUCACUGGGUGAAUACCAUGGCGCUCAGCACAGACUAUGCCCUGCGCACGGGGGCCUUUGAGCCUGCUGAAGCCACAGUGAAUGCCCAAGACCUGCAGGGGUCCUUGAAGGAGCUGAAGGAGAGGGCAUCGAGCCGCUACAACCUUGUGCGGGGCCAAGGCCCAGAGAGGCUGGUCUCUGGCUCAGACGACUUCACCUUAUUCCUGUGGUCCCCAGCAGAGGACAAGAAGCCCCUUGCCCGGAUGACAGGACACCAGGCCCUCAUCAACCAGGUGCUCUUCUCUCCUGACUCACGCAUCGUGGCCAGUGCCUCCUUCGACAAGUCUAUCAAGCUGUGGGAUGGCAGGACGGGCAAGUACCUAGCUUCCCUGCGUGGCCAUGUGGCUGCUGUGUACCAGAUUGCCUGGUCAGCUGACAGCCGAUUGCUGGUCAGUGGCAGCAGUGACAGCACGCUGAAGGUGUGGGAUGUGAAGGCCCAGAAACUGACCACAGACCUGCCUGGCCACGCCGAUGAGGUAUAUGCUGUUGACUGGAGUCCAGAUGGCCAGAGAGUAGCAAGCGGUGGGAAAGACAAGUGCCUCCGGAUAUGGAGAAGAUGAAUCUACAGCUUCCUGACCCCUCUCCGGACUCAGGCUCUGCCCACUCUGCCAGUAACCAAGGAGACCUGCCCAGAACAGGUCUCCAGUGUGUGACAGUCAGGACAUUACAACAUAGAGCUAAGCCAUGGACACUUCCUGUCUGGUGCUAACAGCAGUGGGAAAGCCACGCCUCUGGCCCCUGGCUCCUUUUCCGAGUGUCAGCUGUGCAGGCCCAGACCCUAGGCUUGUGGCCAAAUAAAUAACUUAUAUUUUGUG